CUGGAGAAAAAGAAAACAAAAAGAAAAAAAAAACCUACCCGCUGUAGCCGGGUUUCUCCACCAUUAGCCCGCAACCGCAACGCGGGGGGGAAAGAUCCACUCUUCACCGACACCCCGACCGAAACGGGGGCGGGGCUUGUGUCUUUUUUUCCUGCGCCUUUAUCGGCGAUUCGGACCCGAGAGAACGCGAGACGCGCCGCGCUGGAUGUUCUUUUGAUACGGCACACGGUGAAACGAGCAAACACCCCAGUUUCAAAAGCAUCAAAAGGCUUGCCUACGGUAAAAACACAAAUUAGAUCCUUGUCGAGAUGCCGCCUACAAAAUUGCCCGAGUCUGGGAACCCGCUCGUUUUCUUUGACAUUACACUUGGAGGCGAGCCGCUGGGCAGGAUAACGUUCGAGCUGUUUGCCGACGUGGUGCCGCGCACGGCUGAGAACUUCCGCCAGUACUGCACGGGCGAGCACAAGAACGCCCAAGGCCGGCCCCAGGGCUACAAGGGCAGUCGCUUCCACCGCAUCAUCCCAAACUUCAUGUGCCAGGGCGGCGACUUUCUCCACGGCGACGGCACCGGAAGCACCUGCAUCUACGGGACCAAGAGCUUCGCCGAUGAGAACUUUACGCUCAAGCAUGAGGGACCUGGAUUGUUGAGCAUGGCGAACUCGGGCCCAAACACAAACGGCUCUCAGUUCUUCAUCACCACUACGGCGACCCCCUUCUUGGACGGCAAGCACGUCGUCUUUGGCAAGGUGGUUGACGGUAUGGACGUCGUGCGCAAGAUGGAGAACACCAAGACGGGAUACAGAGGCAAGGACGUGCCGAACCUUGAUGUCAUCGUGUCUCAGUGUGGUGAGAUGUGA